AAUCAAUUGGGCCACUCCUAUUCGCAACGGGAACCAAAAAAAAAAAAAAUACAAAACUUUUAUUGAUAAUCAGAAACAUAACAUCGUAAUUCAGUCGAUUAGUUAACACCGCGAUUAACAACACUAGUAGUGCCUGCUUCUGAAGAAUGAUUGCAUUUAUCAGUGCAGUCAGUGAAACACUGAUCGCUGCCCUCGCGAUCGCACUUCUUCAAGCAAUCGGCCAAGCACUUGUCGAAGUCCUCCUUCACGAUUCCCAUAACGACAUGCUGCCUUCCCACCAUCAUCAUCGCAGCCACCACCAGCAACAACUGUUGGCCCGCCUCAUGUGGCUCAACAAUGGCCAACGAGGCCAAGCGGUGGUAAUUAAAAAAAAAAAAAAAAACAAAUAUUAAAGCACCGAAAAUGCAGCUAGAGCUUUGAUCUUCCAACUAUCCCAUUUAUUGUGAGGCACUCUAAAAUGCCUAUAAAAGGCAACGAGUUUGGCCUCUGAAAAUCAUCCCACCAUUCCAUACUUCUCCAAUUCAUUUGUUCUGCUUCUGUUCGUAUUUCUUUUGUGGGUUUUUGGUAGUGAAACGUUUUCACUACCACGGGUAGAUAGGAGAAUUCUUGUGAGUGAAAUAGUGAGGUUGUUCCGGGAAACACCGAGUGUUCUAUUUCCUUGUAUCUUGAAAUUCUCUGUAACCUACUGUUGCAAUAGUGAAGAAAUACUCUGGAGCUGUUGUUCCCGUGGGCUGGCCCUAAAUCAGGGUAUACCACGUAAAUCCUCUGUGCCAUUUAUUAUUGUCUAUGCUUGUUGUCAUUUUGAGAAUAGUCGUAGUAUAUUGCGUUAUUAAAUUACCGAAGUAAAUUGAUCUAAGUAAGUUGGUUACCGUAAUUCUGGAGGCUCUGCCACCAGGUCCAACUUACCUGUGAACUUUUUACAAGCGUGUGAUUUUUUAAUCCAAUAUAUUUACCCGCUAUUCUCACCCGCUGCGCCCAACAAGUGGUAUCAGAGCCUCGUCCAAUGGAGGCAAAAACAAGCAAGAUGAUAAGUCUGAAUGGCUCCAACUAUCACAUAUGGAGAAACAAGAUGAAGGAUCUCCUACUCGUGACGGAGUUGCAUUUGCCGGUGUUUAGCCCUACUAAACCUGAUGGCAAAACUGAAGAGGAAUGGGAGUUCAAGCAUGAGCAAGUAUGUGGCUACAUUCGACAGUUCGUCGACGAUAAUGUAUACAACCACAUUAGCGGAGAAACUCAUGCCAGAACUCUGUGGAACAAGCUGGAGGCACUUUAUGCAUCAAAGACCGGCAACAACAAAUUAUUUUAUCUGACCAAGUUGGUCCAGAUGAAAUACAAGGAAGGCAAAUCCUUGGCGGAUCACUUGAACGAAAUUCAAGGGAUCGUGGAUCAGUUGUCCGGUAUGGGCAUAAAGAUGGAAGAUGAGGUGGUUGCUCUCCUCGUUCUGGCUUCCCUUCCAGAAUCUUGGGAGACGCUAAAAAUUUCACUUACCAACUCUGCGAAAGAUGGAGUUAUAAACAUGGAGAUUGUCAAAAGCGGAGUCCUGAACGAAGAGAUGCGAAAAAGAUCACAAGGUGCAUCCGCAUCAUCUUCCCAGUCAGACCUUCUGACAGUGGAUUCCAGAAGCAGAGGAAGAAGUGAAGCUAGAGGCUCAAAGCAAAGAGGCAAGAGUCGAGGGAAGUCCAACAAGUUUGCCAACAUCCAAUGUCAUCACUGCAAGGAAAAGGGCCACAUCAGAAGAUUUUGCCCAAAGUUCAGAAAUGAGAGAAAGAAGGGCAAACGAGAUGAGAAUAGUGAUGAUGAUGGUGCAAACUCUGUAGAUGAGUUCAAUAUUGUCUACGAAGAAGAUGUUGUCAACCUGACAACCCAGGAGACAAGCUGGGUGGUUGAUAGUGGUGCUACCAUCCACGUGACGUCCAAGAGAGAAUUUUUCUCAUCUUACACACCAGGUGACUUUGGUGUGGUAAGAAUGGGAAAUGGUAAUCUUUCCAAAGUUAUCGGAAAAGGAGAAGUCUGCUUGGAGACGAUGAAUGGUACGAAGCUACUGCUGAAGGAUGUCAGGCAUGUUCCAGAAAUGCGCCUGAAUCUCAUCUCUGUAGACAAGUUGGAUGAGGAAGGUUACUGCAACACCUUCCACAAUGGCCAGUGGAAACUCACCAGAGGCUCCUUGGUGUUGGCCAAAGGCAAGAAGCUGUCAAAGCUGUAUGUGACGGAAGCCAAGAUCUCCCCAGAGAUUGUCAACUCAGCGGAGAAUGGUGACACAAUUGAAUUGUGGCACAAACGGCUCGGUCACAUGAGUGAGAAGUCCAUGGCAAAGUUGGCCCAGAAGAAAGUCAUAAUUGGGUUGGAUCAUGUUCAUCUAAAGAAGUGUGUCGAUUGCCUAGCGGGAAAGCAAAACCGAGUUGCUUUCAAAAGUUCCAUCCCUUCAAGAGCGAAGAACGUGUUGGAUCUAGUUCACUCAGAUCUCUGUGAACCCGAUGUCAACGUCAAAUCACUUGGAGGUGCCAGAUAUUUCGUGACAUUCAUUGAUGACCAUUCACGAAAGACUUGGGUGUAUACCUUGAAGACCAAGGAUCAGGCCCUAUACGUUUUCAAGCAAUUCCUGGCCCUGGUGGAGAGGGAAACUGGCAAGAAGCUGAAGUGCAUCCGGACUGACAAUGGUGGAGAGUACAAAGGUCCGUUUGCUACCUUCUGCAAGGAACACGGAAUUAGGCAGCAAUUCACACCACCAAAGACGCCGCAAUUGAAUGGGCUAGCUGAGAGGAUGAACAGGACCCUGCUAGAGAGAGUCAGAUGCUUGUUAUCACACUCGAAGCUACCACAAUCUUUCUGGGGGGAGGCACUGCUUGCAGCAGUUUACGUGUGGAACAGGUCACCCAAUGUGCCACUGAAGUAUGACGCCCCAGAGAAGGUGUGGACAGGAAAAGAAGUUUCCUACAAACAUUUGCGAGUGUUUGGUUGCAAGGCCUUUGUCCAUAUUCCAAAGGAUGAAAGGUCAAAGUUGGAUUCAAAGACGCGACCGUGCGUAUUCAUUGGCUAUGGUCAAAAUGAGUUUGGCUAUAGAUUCUUUGACCCAAUCCAGAAGAAGCUUAUCAGAAGCCGUGAUGCUGUGUUCAUCGAAAAUGAGACCAUCGAAGAUGUUGUUGCUAGGAAAGAAGUUCCUAGUACUGAUUCUAGUCAACCAAGCCUUGGGCUAGUACCUCCAACGCCGGCGCUUACAGAAGUUGGAGAAGAAGCACAACAUGAUCAGCCUGAGAUAGUUGAACAAGAUGCUCCUGUGGAGGUUCAACCAGAAGAUGCUGAUGACGAUGGUCAACCACCAGCCAUUGAGGGUUCUCCUGUUCAAAUGACGAGAUUUGGUAGGGUCACACGACGCUCUACCAGAUAUCCUGAGACUGAAUACGUGUCACUUACUGACGGGGGAGAACCAGAAAGUUUCACAGAAGCUAUGAAUGAUGAACACAAGCAAAGGUGGAUAGAAGCCAUGCAAGACGAGAUGGAUUCCUUGUAUGAGAACAAGACAUUUGAGCUGGUGAAAUUGCCCAAAGGCAAGAGAGCUUUGAAGAACAAGUGGGUGUUCAAGAUUAAACAUGAUGAACACAACCGUCAGCCACGCUUCAAAGCCAGACUAGUCGUGAAAGGCUUCAGUCAAAGGAAAGGCAUUGACUUUGACGAGAUAUUUUCACCUGUGGUGAAGAUGACAUCCAUUCGUACUGUGUUGGGACUAGCAGCAAGUCUUAACCUGGAGGUUGAACAAAUGGAUGUGAAAACUGCUUUCCUUCAUGGUGAUUUGGAGGAAGAGAUUUACAUGGAGCAACCAGAAGGCUUCAAGAAGGAGAAAAAGGAGGACUAUGUGUGCAGGCUCCGUAAGAGCUUGUAUGGCUUAAAGCAGGCACCAAGACAGUGGUAUAAGAAGUUUGAGUCUGUUAUGGGGGAGCAAGGCUACAUGAAGACUACUUCAGACCACUGCGUGUUCGUGAAGAAAUUUCCUGAUGGAGAUUUCAUCAUACUUUUGCUCUAUGUGGAUGAUAUGCUAAUUGCUGGGCAAAACGUCUCAAAGAUCAAUGAUUUGAAGAAGGAGUUAAGCAAGUCUUUUGCCAUGAAAGACUUGGGACCAGCAAAGCAAAUUCUUGGCGUGAGGAUCGUUCGGGAUCGAGGUGCUAAGAAGAUAUGGUUGUCACAAGAGAAGUACAUUGAGAAAGUACUUCAACGUUUCAACAUGGAUAAUUCUAAGGCGGUUAGCUGUCCUCUUGCUAACCACUUUACAUUGACAUCCAAACAGAGCCCGUCUACUGAGAAGGAAAAGGCGGAGAUGGAUAAAAUUCCAUAUGCUUCAGCAGUGGGAAGUUUGAUGUACGCCAUGGUGUGUACAAGGCCAGAUAUUGCUCAUGCAGUUGGAGUUGUCAGUCGGUUUCUUUCCAAACCAGGAAAGGAACAUUGGGAAGCUGUGAAGUGGAUCCUCAGAUACCUUCGAGGUAGCUCCAAAAUGAGUCUAUGUUUUGGAGAUGGUGAACCUGUCCUUGUUGGCUAUACAGAUGCUGACAUGGCAGGUGAUGUUGAUUCGAGGAGGUCCACUUCUGGGUACCUGAUUACCUUAUCAGGGGGAGCAAUAUCGUGGCAGUCAAGGCUACAAAAAUGUGUAGCUCUUUCCACAACAGAAGCUGAGUACAUAGCAGCAACGGAAGCGUGCAAGGAGAUGAUAUGGAUGAAGAAGUUCCUGAAUGAACUUGGGUUCCUACAGGAACAACCACAGUUGUUCUGUGACAGUCAGAGUGCUAUUCAUCUUGCGAAGAAUGCUUCAUUUCAUGCUCGAUCAAAACAUAUCGAUGUUCGAUAUCACUGGAUUCGUGAUGUACUUGAAAUGAAGCAGCUACAACUGGAGAAGAUCCAUACUGACGAAAAUGGAUCUGACAUGUGUACCAAGACUCUUCCAAGAGAAAAGUUUGAGUUCUGUCGAUCAGCUGCAGGAAUGAUGAAGUCGCCCAUGUAGUCGGGCGGGGGAGAAUUGUUGGCCCGCCUCAUGUGGCUCAACAAUGGCCAACGAGGCCAAGCGGUGGUAAUUAAAAAAAAAAAAAAACAAAUAUUAAAGCACCGAAAAUGCAGCUAGAGCUUUGAUCUUCCAACUAUCCCAUUUAUUGUGAGGCACUCUAAAAUGCCUAUAAAAGGCAACGAGUUUGGCCUCUGAAAAUCAUCCCACCAUUCCAUACUUCUCCAAUUCAUUUGUUCUGCUUCUGUUCGUAUUUCUUUUGUGGGUUUUUGGUAGUGAAACGUUUUCACUACCACGGGUAGAUAGGAGAAUUCUUGUGAGUGAAAUAGUGAGGUUGUUCCGGGAAACACCGAGUGUUCUAUUUCCUUGUAUCUUGAAAUUCUCUGUAACCUACUGUUGCAAUAGUGAAGAAAUACUCUGGAGCUGUUGUUCCCGUGGACUGGCCCUAAAUCAGGGUAUACCACGUAAAUCCUCUGUGCCAUUUAUUAUUGUCUAUGCUUGUUGUCAUUUUGAGAAUAGUCGUAGUAUAUUGCGUUAUUAAAUUACCGAAGUAAAUUGAUCUAAGUAAGUUGGUUACCGUAAUUCUGGAGGCUCUGCCACCAGGUCCAACUUACCUGUGAACUUUUUACAAGCGUGUGAUUUUUUAAUCCAAUAUAUUUACCCGCUAUUCUCACCCGCUGCGCCCAACAACAACAGCCAUACCGAAGCAGCCAGAGACUAUCUUCUGCACUCCAUAUCUUAUCUUUUUCCCCCACAAGAAUUGGAAAAUACUUUUAGUUGUGAGUACUCUAUUUACAUUCUUCUUCUUCUUCUUCUUCUUCUUCUUUUAUACUGAAGAAAAUGGUCGCCGGUAUGCGUUUAGUGCGAGCGAUGUACAUAUGGAAAUCGUAAGUUACAGGUCGAAGAAUCGUCUCCGUAAGGAAAUUGCAAUCUCGAGAAUGUGAAACAAAAAGUUUGAAUCUGACCAUUUUACAUUUUCAAUUAUAGUAGCAAAUUUUCUCGAAUCUUAUCGUUAAAAAUCCUCUAUUCUUAUGGAAGGCACGAUUCCGGUCAUAAAACCUUUACCAUUUCGGCUUUAGCUACGAUUCUGCCAUACAAAGGCAUGGAAUUAAUAGCUCAGCUGUAGAAUCGUUAACCACACGAUGUUGUUGGUUCCCACCUUGAGCUGGCCCGUAAAGUCAACAUUGUGGUUCGAAACGUCGUGCCACAUGGCCUUGAUGCGAAGUUGUCCUAUCCCCAAACUAGUUUGGGCAAAACGACGUUGUUGUUUUCCUCCACAACAUCGCGAAUUUGUAAGAUCGCUUAGCUCGCGAUGUCGUUUAGAUUUGCAUCAUACAAUCUCAUGAUGCCACUGAUCUGGCGUCACCGUUGAGUUAUGCAGUUUUGAGCUUGUGCAAUUUCAAACCCGCAAGCCGCGAGUUACUCGCGACAUCACUUAGCUUCAUGGCGUUGUCGAACUAGCGACAUUGCCAACCUCGCGGCAUCGUUGAGAUCGUCGUCGAUGUUACCUACCGCGGUGUCAUUGAGCUCUCAAAUUCACAAUUUGAAUUCGCGACACGUUCAUCUUUGUGGCAUUGUCAAACUCGCAACGCCGUCGAUCUCGCGACAUCGUCAAACUCGCAUCGCCACUGAUCUCUCUACAUCGCUUACAACCGCAGUAUUGUUUAUCUCGCGGCACCGAUGACUCACGCCGCCACCAAAUUAUUUUAGGUGUAAACAAAAAUACAAAAUAUCUAGAUGACUCAAUCCCCCUUAAAUUACUACUAUUUUUCCUAAUUAAAAAAGACAUUUGAC